GAGAGAGAGAGGGAGAGAGCUGAUUAGAUUGGAGAAAGCCAAGGAGGUAUGGGUAUACUAUUGAGCAAGGGGAGAGACACAGAGGGGAGGGUGACUAAGUGAAUGCAGUUGGUCGCGUGUCGGUGAAUCACAGUGAAGUCCACGGACAGGCGCAUGGAUUGGACCUGAAUCAACAAAUGGAUACAGGAGAACUGGAUGUUCACUAUAUGAACAGGGGAGAAUAAAGGAGGACAGAGAGUCUGUGCGUUCUUCUUUUAUCUCUGCAUCAGAUGCUGCUGUGCUGAGAGAGGAACCCACUGGGAGGAGAGAGGAAAAUAGCGGACAACUCAUUUCUCUCUAACACCCUCGGAAGCCGAGGAGCUGUGAGCCAGACUAGAGUCGACUGCAGGACUCACUGGGAUUGAAUAUAUGCUCAUGCCGGUGAGUGUGUGCAUGUGAGUGUGUGUGUGUUUGUGUGUGUGUGUGAGUGAGAGAGAGAGAGAGAGCUGAUAAUAGCAGCCCCAUUGGUAUUCAGUGGAGGGAGCUCCAGGAUCUCGCUGCGCCUUUCCCCAGGAUGGGAUCACAGAGCAGGGAUUGUGCUUGCCUGUGGAGAGCCUGCUGAAAUGGAUUUGAGCGCUUGCUGAGCUGGACACCAAAUGGGCAAUAUGGAAGCCAACAUGCUCCCUCCAGCGUCUAGCUUUCCACACUUAACUGCCUCCACCAAGUCCGGGCAUCAGCUUGAACCAACCCAGUGAGGGCUCAGCGUGUAGAGUUAAGGCUGGAAAGGCCAGUCUGUGAUUCCAGAAGCUGUCCCCAAGAAAUAGAGAGAGAGAGAAGCAGCUUGUGACCGGCCUUAGAGGAAUCAACUUUAAGCAAACCAAUCAACCUGUUGAGCUUUUUCACGAAACUGCAGUGAUGCUUGAGCAAUGGUAUGGAGCUUUCAGACACAUGCGGAUUUAUCAACUGGAUAUCCUGUUGAGAUUAUGACAAUUUUGUGCACACCUCAGAGCUAGGCCACUUUGCCAGAUUGGCUUGUGGGCAAAAGCGAGUAAUUGAAAAUCCCCCCUCAAGAGGCUUCCUGCUCUAAUUUGAUGUGGAGGAGAGUGUGUGUUUUUUUAAAUGUACAAUUAAAAAAACAAUUCAUCCCAAUAUUUUUUUUCAGCAUCUUUUUCACACAUUGUGGAAAAAUACAUUCUAAAGCAGCUCAUUCUUCCUCUGUGACAGAGAGUGAAGAGGGACAGACUGUCCGGAAUAGAUAACGAGCGAGGAGACUGGCGGAAAUAGAGGAGCUGGAAAAGAAAAGGAAACGAGUGGAGAGAGAAAGUCCAGAGAAAGACAAGAGAAGAAAAAAAGAGAAUUAACCAGGAUUGUUUGAAACCCUCUCUGACAAUCCUUCUUUUUCAUCUGUGCAGAGUUGGAGGCUAGUUUGUGCAAUGGACAUGGGAGGGGUCAGGAUUUACAGCAGGGGGGGCACUUGAGCAGCAGAAUAUGGUUAUGUCCCCCUGUACCUGCCUGAUUUGCUUCUUAGUGUUUGGCAGGAAAACAGACUGAGAGAGGGCUGGUAAACAUACAGCUGUACUGAAUGACAGACAGGCUCUAAGGUUGGUCAGACAGACAGACAGGAGGACAGGAAGACACGGCCUGUUCCGAGUGUCAGGCAGAGAACCAGGCAGACAUCCAGUGUCGGCACAGUAGACGGCCUGCAAUCCAUUGUCAUUCUAUACAGUGAGCGAGGAAAGGAGAAGAGGAGCAUUCCUGCGUUUUGUAUUUUCUGGAGAAUCUCACUUCCUCUGCAUCCACUUCUGGUUCUGAUGUAGCAGCCCAUGCUCUAAAAAACAGACUUGGAGGGAGGAGGCUGUUACUAGAAAGGAAAUACAGGUUGUAGAGGGAGAGAGAAAGGAAGGUAGGCAGAGAAACUGAGGGAGAGAGCAGGUGUUGAAAAUCCUCCCCUUCAUCUGCUUGUCAUUUACUCCUUUAUGUUCCCUUGUCGUCUGGCGAGGUGAUUGGUUUCCUGACGCUGGCAUUCCUCUACUCAUAUGCCCAUCGCUAUCCUGAGGAAAACAAGAGGUGGGCAAACACAGGAAAGCAGAAAGAGACAGCAGUAAAGGAAACAGUGGAGCCUUGUUGUGACCCUUCCCUUUCUUUUAUGUCAAGAUGGACUCUUAUUUUUUUCCUGCUUUUUAGAAGAAAGAGAUCAUAAGAAGACACACAGUGGGCCAGUCAACACCUCAUCCCCCUUGUACACAGAACUGAACCUCUCCCUUUCCCAACUGUUGAUUUUUUUUUAGCCUUGUUCUUAAGGGAUUAUUUUUUUUUCAUCUGAAUAAAAACACUGGAAUCCUGUAGAUUUCUUAUAAACAUAUAGUGAACCCCUCUGACUCCUUUCCCCUCCUUGGCUGAAGUGCUGAAACUCUGUGGUCACACGUCUCGAUGCCUGAGCAGAAUCAUCUCUACCCUGAUCAUAUGGCACAGUGCUUCUGAUACCGUCUGCUUCAUUCUGUGGUGGUACAGGCAGCCAGCAGACCAUUCUCCAUGAGGAGCAGUAGAAGAUGCCGGCUCUGCCAGCACUGCUGCUGUCAAUACACUUCCUUUCCUUCCUGCUAGUCAUCAUGCCACCACGCUCCCUCAGCCAGGCCCCCCUGCUCUCCUCCGUCCGUAUGGCUGCAAUCCUGGACGACCAGUCUGUGUGUGGGCGUGGGGAGCGGCUGGCGCUUGCCCUGGCUAGGGAGAACAUCAACAGCAUGAUGGAAGGUCCGGUCCGAGCCCGAGUGGAGGUGGACAUAUAUGAGCUGCAGAAAGACUCCCAGUACGACACUACUGACACCAUGUGUCAGAUUCUACCCAAAGGCGUCGUCUCUGUGAUAGGUCCCGCUUCCAGCCCCGCCUCUGGCUCUACUGUCAGUCACAUUUGUGGAGAAAAGGAGAUCCCUCAUAUAAAGAUCGGUCCUGAGGAAACUCCCCGCUUGCCGUACCUGCGCUUUGCCUCCGUCACUCUUUACCCUAGCAACGAGGACCUGAGCCUGGCCAUAGGAGCCAUCUUGCGCUCAUUCAGUUACCCCUCAGCCAGUCUGGUGUGCGCCAAGGCCGAGUGCCUGCUGAGAUUGGAGGAACUGGUCCGCCGCUUUCUCAUCUCUCGGGAGACGCUGUCAGUCAGGAUGUUGGAUGACAACCUGGACCCCACACCGCUGCUGAAGGAAAUCCGUGAUGACAAAGUGGCCACCAUCAUCAUUGACGCCAAUGCUUCAGUCUCUUAUCUCAUCCUGAAAAAGGCAUCCGAGCUGGGGAUGACAUCAGCAUUUUACAAGUACAUCCUCACCACCAUGGACUUCCCCCUCCUACGACUGGAUGAUAUAGUGGAUGAGCAUUCCAAUAUUGUGGGGUUUUCCAUGUUUAACACCACACACCCCUUCUAUUUGGAGUUCAUCAGGAGCCUCAACCUCUCUUGGAGGGAGGGCUGUGACCUGACGUACCCCGGCCCUGCGCUCUCGUCAGCUCUGAUGUUUGAUGCGGUGCAUGUGGUGGUGGGGGCGGUGAGGGAAUUGAACCGCAGUCAGGAAAUCGGAGUGAAGCCACUCAGCUGCUCCUCGCCUCAGAUCUGGCAACACGGAACCAGUCUGAUGAACUACCUGCGCAUGGUGGAGUAUGAUGGUCUGACAGGACGUGUGGAGUUCAACAGCAAAGGUCAGAGGACCAACUACACCCUGCGGAUCCUGGAGAAACACAGAGGAGGCCAUAAAGAGAUUGGGAUCUGGUACUCCAACAACACCCUCGCAAUGAAUUCCACUAGUCUGGAUAUAAAUGUCUCAGAGACACUGGCAAACAAGACCCUCAUUGUCACCACCAUACUGGAAAACCCGUAUGUGAUGCGUAAGGACAACUACCAGGACUUCCAGGGUAACGACCAGUAUGAGGGCUUCUGCGUUGACAUGCUGAGGGAGCUGGCAAACAUCUUAAAAUUCUCUUUCAAGAUCAAGCUGGUGGAUGAUGGGCUGUAUGGGGCUCCAGAGCCCAAUGGCUCCUGGACUGGUAUGGUUGGAGAGCUAAUCAACAGGAAGGCAGACUUGGCCGUGGCAGGCUUCACCAUCACAUCAGAGAGAGAGAAAGUUAUUGACUUCUCUAAGCCGUUUAUGACUCUGGGGAUCAGCAUCUUGUACAGAGUUCAUCUGGGACGGAAGCCGGGUUACUUCUCCUUCCUUGAUCCCUUCUCUCCAGCUGUCUGGCUUUUUAUGCUUCUCGCCUACCUGGCUGUCAGCUGUGUGCUCUUCCUGGCUGCAAGGCUGAGCCCCUAUGAGUGGUACAACCCUCACCCGUGUCUGCGAGAGCGCAGAGACAUGCUGGAGAACCAGUACACCCUGGGAAACAGCCUGUGGUUCCCUGUCGGAGGCUUCAUGCAGCAGGGAUCAGAGAUAAUGCCCAGGGCCCUGUCUACAAGAUGUGUUAGUGGAGUGUGGUGGGCAUUUACCCUGAUCAUAAUCUCCUCCUACACGGCCAACCUGGCGGCCUUUCUCACUGUCCAGAGGAUGGAGGUUCCCAUUGAGUCUCCUGAUGACUUGGCUGACCAGACCAAUAUUGAAUAUGGCACUAUUCAUGGAGGCAGCACUAUGACCUUUUUCAUGAACUCUCGUUACCAAACCUACCAGCGGAUGUGGAACUACAUGAACUCUAAGCAGCCCAGUGUGUUUGUGAAAAGCACAGAGGAGGGCAUUGCCCGUGUGCUCAAUUCCAAGUACGCCUUCCUGCUGGAGAGCACCAUGAAUGAGUACCACCGUGGCCUCAACUGUAAUCUCACACAGAUAGGAGGCCUGCUGGACACUAAGGGCUAUGGCAUCGGCAUGCCACUGGGGUCUCCAUUCAGAGAUGAGAUCACGCUGGCCAUCCUCCAGCUGCAGGAGAAUAACAGGCUGGAGAUACUGAAGAGGAGGUGGUGGGAGGGAGGCCAGUGUCCCAAAGAGGAGGACCACCGUGCCAAGGGGCUGGGUAUGGAGAACAUUGGCGGCAUCUUUGUGGUGCUGAUCUGUGGUCUCAUUAUUGCCGUGUUUGUCGCCAUUAUGGAGUUUGUGUGGUCAACGCGUCGCUCAACGGAGACCGAUGAGGUGUCUGUCUGUCAGGAAAUGAUCACAGAGUUCCGAAACGCCGUCUCUUGUAAGAAGAGCUCUCGUAUGCGCCGCCGUCGGCCCCUCAGCAGCUCCGCAGCCCUGCGCCACCCCGCCCGCAUAGCUCUGGGGGCUCCUCGGCCCCUGCGCCUGGUUCGAGAGAUGCGUCUCAGCAACGGCAAGCUCUACAGUGGCGCUGGCCCCCUGACAGGUGGUGCAGGAGGUGGUGGAGCAGGAGGGACGGGGCCUCCAGAUUUGGGCCCUGGACCACAGCGAAUCCUGGAUGAUCCUCUGGGAGCCAACACCACCCCUCCUCCACCAGCACCCACC